AUGGAGAUGCCUUCAACACAGGCGGACCCUGAGGAAACAUCUUCCCUUAAAGAUUUACUCGUUGUCAAUACGAAGUUGUUAGACCCGUUCCAGGAACUCAGUCGUUUGUUUGGUCCCCGUGUUGUUGGCGAACCGAGUGUUAUCAAAAAUGCGGAUAGAAGAAGUCAUCUGAAGAAAGGCUUACUGGUUCGCAUUAAACCAUCAUGGCCACCGGUUGUCCGUUUCGGGCUGGAUAUGGUUCGUACAGAUGAUGGGGAAUUCACUUUCACUCAUAGUAAAGAGUACUACAACACACAAAGGUCUUUCUACGUGGCAUUGGAAACUAUGGACCCGAACAAUAUAAUGCAAGUUUUGGCCAAUUGCCCGUAUCACAUUGACUCGUUACUGCAGUUGAGUGAAAUCAUGAUGCACCAGGACAAUUCGGAGGUGGGGACGGAUCUACUGGAGCGUGCACUUCACGCAUAUCAAUCCGCCUUCCAUACGUCUUUCAAUCCGGCUGUUGGUGUGUUUCGACUGGAUUACAGAAAACAGGAAAAUAGCUUGAACGUCGAUGAUGAUCCUCUGGCUGUUCUGCUACUGAUUGACCAUUAUGCCCUGUUGGCCUGCCAAUUGGAUUUUCUGCUCAAAUUUUACGACCAAUCAAAUCCACGUCGCAACUUGGACCUACUGCCUAAUUUCGCCUAUUCCGUACCGCUUGCCCUGUAUCUUGAUGCACAAGCCAAGUCAAAAGAAUGCGAUUCCGAGCAUCCUGAAGCGAAUGAUAAACUUCAAGAUGCACUCAUCAUGUUUCCGGGAUUCGUAACACGACUGUUAAAGCAUACCACUCUGGGUGGGGUUACGAACCUAGACAAAUCAGUACUAUUCGGCAAGGAAAUACAUACUGAAUCUGACAGUCUCGGACGUCUUUUGGACCUCUAUGUGACACGAACCCAUGCACUUUGGACAUCACCGGAUGUGCUCUCCUGGUUGGAGCAUAAUAUUGCUAUUGUUCUGGAUUUGGUUGAGCCAUUUUCGUCCGGGAACCGUGUCCGACCGGAUCCUCGACUGAAAGAAUAUUCCAAAAAGCGUCAGUCACUCUAUCCGGCACUUCCUCGCAACGUGCUGCGACAUUUGGUUCUCUCUGAUCUACCGGAAGCACCGCCGUUGUUUCCCAGAGUGAGAAGACUCAUUAUUCUGAUGCGGUUGAUGCAUAUCUUCAGUUUUCUUGUGGUUCAUAUGUAG